UUGCAGAUACUUCUGCAAAGAAGAUGAAUAACACUAACAUUCUUUCAGGGUCAUAUUGCUCUGUGAUUCUAAUUAAGAUUAAAGAAAGAAUCACUUUAACUCAUCUUUGGUUCUGUUAAGAGCCCACUAAGCACGCUAUUCAUUAAAACUACUGAUUGCCUUUCCUAUCCUAAAUUUGAGGCACUAUUCUUUGUGCGCUUUGCCCUCAAUUUUGUUUUAAAAUUGUAAGACGUGUCAUUUCUUGUUCCCUAGUCCAAUUCCAUCUGGGCCGUCCAUAGAGGCUCCGAAACUCCCAAUCCAAAGGAAGGGCUCUUUAGUAAUUCCAUUUCCAUCGUUGGCCAAUCAGAACAGACGGAAUACGGACGCGACGCGAAAUCAUAUGGUAUCCGCAGUCGUUUCAUAUCAGAGAGACUUUGGCACUUGGCUGGAGUAAAUUGAGGGACGGAAGAAUGCUGCGUGGUGCGGUCCGCCCCGUUCUGACGCGUGUCGUCGCAGUAUUCGCUUUCAUCUUCAUCUUCUCCGUUGUCUUAUCCGAGUGUGCCAAAAAUGAUUCGCAGGUGAAAUGCAGCAGAACUUGCGUUGCACAGAAUUGUAAUUCGGUUGGGAUUCGGUACGGGAAGUACUGUGGUGUAGGGUGGACGGGGUGUCCUGGAGAGAAACCAUGUGACGAUCUGGAUGCUUGUUGCAAGAUCCACGAUGAGUGCGUCGAGAAAAAAGGUACUAUUACAUCUACAUGCAUAGGCUAUUAAGCAAUUCGUGAUCAUGGUCUUGUGUGGCUUUAAUGAGCCUCUAAAUCAGUUAAGUGCUUCCUUUCAAUUAAUAUGUAUUGUCUUCAGCUGUUUUCAGGAUAGGGACUAGUGAUUUCAAAUUGGGCUGGUUAAUUA